AUGGGACCUAAAAAAGGUGAAGUAAUUGCUCGUCAGAAGGACAAUGUAACAGUCAUGAAAUGGCGAGACAAACGCGACGUAGCAUUGAUUUCUACAUGCCAUGGUGCCGAUAUGCGUAUGUCUUCAGGAUAUAGGCCAAUGAUGAAGCCAGAAGCCGUGCUCUAUUACAAUGAGCGAAAAAAGGGCAUAGAUGUAUCUGACCAGCUUGCAAUUUAUUAUGACCCUAAAAGAAAGUCGCUUGCAUGGUACAAAAAGAUCGCUUUAGAUGUUUUGAUUUGUGCAUCUAGUAACGUCAGCAUGGCAAGUAAACGCAGAAAAGUUGUCCACAGUGAGGGUCGAAGCAUGAUAGCUAGCGUUUAUCAUUUCCUGCGAGAAGAGUAUGAAUUCACAAAAUCAGUUGCGGAACCUAACUGUGAUUUGUCUCAUUUAGGAGAUAUUACAAGGCGUACAGCUGAGGCUACAGGUGAUUCUAUGAAAACUGUUCAACGGAUAUUAAAAGAAGAGAAGGAAUUGCCAUCCUGCUCAUCAAAUUUCACUUCUCCUAUGAAGAAAAGAAGAAAGCGGGAUAGUAAGGUAGAAAUAGAUAAUUUUACAGCCGAUGUUGUUCGCAGUACUAUACAAAAUUUCCAUGUCAUCCAUAAAGAAAUUCCAACGUUGGCUAAGUUAAAAACUGUAUUAAAUGAAAAAAUUGGUUUUGAUGGUUGUAUCGAAACUGUUCGUCAAUUGUUACUGAAGUUAGGUUACAAGUGGCGUAAAACAGAGAAUAACCGUAAAGUUUUGACGGAGCGGGAUUUUGAGUUCAUAAUUAACUUAGGGAACGAUUCUGACGAAAGCGAAUCGGAAAUUGAAUUUGAUAGUGAUUAA